AUGCUGUCCGGCAUCCUCGUCUUCAACCAGAAAGGCGAGAACCUCAUCUUCCGUGCCUUCCGCAACGACUGCCGCCCGCGCCUCGCCGACGUCUUCCGCAUCCAGGUCAUCUCCAACGCCCAGGUCCGCUCGCCCAUCCUGACGCUCGGGAGCACCACCUUCAGCCAUGUCAAGCACGAGAACAUCUACCUGGUGGCCGUCACCAAGAGCAACGCGAAUGCGGCGCUCGUGUUUGAGUUUCUGUAUCGCUUGAUCGCUCUGGGCCGCGGCUACUUUGGCAAGUUUGACGAGGAGGCUGUCAAGAACAACUUUGUGCUGGUCUACGAGCUUCUAGACGAGAUCAUCGACUUUGGCUACCCGCAGAACACGGAGACGGACACGCUGAAAAUGUACAUCACGACCGAGGGCGUCAAGUCGGAGCGCGCGGCCGAGGACUCGGCCAAGAUCACCAUGCAGGCGACGGGCGCGCUCUCGUGGCGCAAGGCCGACGUCAAGUACCGCAAGAACGAGGCCUUUGUCGACGUCAUCGAGGACGUCAACCUCCUCAUGUCGGCGACGGGCGCCGUGCUGCGCGCCGACGUCACGGGCCAGAUUGUCAUGCGCGCCUACCUCUCGGGCACGCCCGAGUGCAAGUUUGGCCUCAACGACCGCCUGCUGCUCGACAACGACGGCCUGCUGUCGCUGCCCUCGGGCAACCGCAUGGGGUCCAAGGCCACCAAGGCCGCCGCCGGCAGCGUCACGCUCGAGGACUGCCAGUUCCACCAGUGCGUCAAGCUCGGCAAGUUCGACAGCGACCGCAUCAUCUCGUUUGUGCCGCCCGACGGCGAGUUUGAGCUCAUGCGCUACCGCGCCACCGAAAACGUCAACCUGCCCUUCAAGGUCCACGCCAUUGUCAACGAGGUCGGCCGCACAAAGGUCGAGUACAGCAUCUCCAUCAAGGCCAACUUUGGCUCCAAGCUCUUCGCCACCAACGUCGUCGUCCGCAUCCCCACCCCGCUCAACACGGCCAAGAUCACCGAGCGCUGCACCCAGGGCAAGGCCCGCUACGAGCCCUCCGACAACGUCAUCGUCUGGAAGAUCGGCCGCUUCGCCGGCCAGAGCGAGUUCGUCCUCAGCGCCGAGGCCUCGCUGUCGAGCAUGACCAACCAGCGCGCCUGGAGCCGCCCGCCCCUGAGCCUCAACUUUAGCCUCCUCAUGUUCACGAGCAGCGGCCUGCUGGUCCGCUACCUCAAGGUCUUUGAGAAGAGCAACUACUCGAGCGUCAAGUGGGUGCGGUACAUGACGCGGGCCGGGUCUUACGAGAUACGGUUCUGA